AUGGACACUAUUUCAACACUGAAGCUUCCCCUAAUAGAUCUAUCCAAAUUAGAUGGCUCAAAGCGAGGGACAGGUCGAUGGGACUCCCUGCAAAGUCAAGUCCAAGAAGCCCUUGAAGAAUUCGGUUUCUUCAAAGUCUUGACUGAUAGGAUGACCUUGGAGCUUCACAAUGAUGCGUUUCAAGAAUUAGAGGCAUUGCUCAAGUUCCCGACUGAUGUGAAGCGCUGGUUCAAUGUCCCAAAUAAGCCGCAUGACAGUUACCUUGGGAAUCUUCCUUAUUCACCUCUCUACAAGACAAUGAAAACAUAUGUGACGAGGGUUUUGGAGUUGGAUUCACUAGUGAAGAAGCUAGUUUUGGGAAGCUUGGGCGUAGAAAAGUACCUGGAAUCUCUAGCCAAGUCGGUUAGAUACCAUUUUCGUCUCAUGAGAUAUGCUACUCCUAGGACCAAGGAGUCCAAGAAGCGUGGGGUUGGGUGCCAUCACGACCCAAACUUCGUGACCAUACUUCACCAGAACUAUGUGAACGGAUUGGAAGUGCAAACUAAGGACAGAUGUUGGUUCGAGGUCGCCCCUUCCUCAGCUGCCUCUUUCAUUGUCUUCACUGAGGAGUCAUUCUAUGGAUGGAGCAAUGGGAGAUUACACAGCCCUUGUCACCGUGUAAUGAUGAGCGAGCACGAGGCAAGAUAUUGCAUAGGAGUAUUCUCUUCCGUUCAUGAGACGAUCCAAUGUCCUGAUGAGCUUGUGGACGACCAUCACCCUUUGCUUUUCAAGCCCUUUGAUGUUGCCGGUCUCUCCCGCAUCUACAAGACCAAAGAGGGUGAAAGUGGAGCUUUGGCGAUCGAUACUUAUUACAGAAUUUGA